AUGGCUAUUUCGUCAGGAAGCAAUCGAUUAAGACUGCAUCGUAAUGCGUUGGGUGUAGAUGUUGCAAGCGGAUUCUAUAUUGGCAUUCAAGUGGCUUUCUGGAGGAUCAGUGAUGCUCGAUUGUAUUAG